AUGGCGUUUACUGGGACAAAUGUCAGUUUGUCCCAGCCGGAUAUAACGCAAAAACUGACGGAGCGCAUAGAUGACCUGAAGCAAAGAAUCGCUGCUUGGGGAAAGCGGAUUCGGCGAUAUACCGAGAGGUCGACACGGUUCAACCAGAAUCGUCUCUUCCAGAGUGAUCAGAAGAGGCUCUAUAAAUCAUUGGAGCGACCAAUGGUAAGUGGAACGGGCCCAGCACCGAAUCAGGCCGACACUGUCGCAUUCUGGCGCGGCCUGUGGUCAGAGCCCGUAAACCACAGCGAGGGCCCUUGGACGGAAGUUGUGGCGAGUCAGUGUGCGGGUAUUACGCCCAUGGACCCCGUCACCAUAACGCCGGACAACGUAGCUGAAGCGGUCCGUAAGGCCCCGAACUGGAAAAGUCCGGGACUCAACGGGUUGCAUCACUACUGGCUAAACGGGUUCAUGGUGUGUCACGCUGUGCUCGCCCGACAGUUUCAAGAGGCUCUCAACCAGAAGUCGCUCUCAAGCCUCUUCACUACUGGGAUCACUCAUUUGGUUCCUAAAGACCAGGUUCCUGAUGACUCUGACAGUGAUGGUGACACAGAAAAAACUUUGCUGCUAGUUAAAAGAGACAGAAACUCAUCAGUCUCCCCAAUUUGGAAACCAGAUUUGGACAUAUGGGGACCUGAUCCAAGUGGAAUGUGUGGCCUUAAACCAGAAUAUUUAGAAUCGUUGGGAAUUACACCACCAAUUGAAAAAUGGGUCCAUGUUUCCAAUUUCAGAUGUGACAAAUCAGAGCUAAAAGAGGUUCUCGAGCUUGCUGGUCAUGUGGUUAUCUGUACUGUGAUAUCAGCCACUAACAAGUAUGCAAAAGUUAUGUAUAAUCAUCCAUUGGAAGCAGUUCAGGCUGUAUCUAUGCUAAAUGGACAGAUAUUCUAUGGACAAGUUCUUAAAGUAUCAAUGUACAAGUGUCCAAACAAUGAGAUGAUACUUCCUAAAGGCCUCGUGAACAUUGGCCCUGGUAUGGGCGAACGGGGGAAACCGUUAAGAGAUAUCGUUAAACAGUACGAAAGACAUCUUAAUGGGAAAAUAUCAUCUGUUAAUCAAUCGAUCUUUAAAGACAUCAGAGAUAAUACGAUAAAUUUAAGAUACACAUCCAACAGUGAAAAUACAGACAGUAUAAUGACUAUAAAUACGGAUUUAAAUAGUAAUUCUCUAGAAAAGGAAAUGGAUUCUAACAAAUCACAUAAUACAAACAAUGAGGUCAAUAUUUCCCAGUUUGUACCAAGUGACCAAACUGGUGAAAAUAAGCAAACGAUUAUCAGACCAGAAAAUAAUUGUACACAACAAUUUCAACCGCAAUAUCCAGUCUCAGCAGGUUCAAAGUCAGCUUCAGUGCAUUCUGUUGGUGGUAACUGGGCUUCAAACAACCACAUCACAAAUCCACAAAGAAAUACCGCAAACAUAUCCGUUCUUGCAGGACCAAGAAAUGUUUAUCCACAAUUCAACAUCCCGGGACUCAACCCAUCUCAGAAUAGUUCAACACCGCGAUUCGCUGGCCCAUCUUCUAUGAAUCUUCCAGUAAAUAAACCCUUGACGAGGUUUUCUGGUCCCACACCGCGACCCAGUUGUACUAUUCUUAGACCUAAUGGUCCGCAAUUUAACAGUCUUAAUUCCAUACAAAAUAGCGCUGCGAUUGGUCCAUACGUACUCCCUGGUGUAAGAGGGCUUGGACCCCGCCCCAAUGUUUGUCAAACUGGUUCCAAUUCUUGGGGUAACUCUGCUCCGAGUUUAAAUAAUCCCGUGUGUAGACCUAGUAAUUUAUCAAAUGUUCCACCAACACAAAUGCCCAUUGCUGAAGCUAAUCGACCCAUAUGUGCACCACAGCAACAAUACAAUGGGACGACCUCCUCAACAGUGGAACUGAGUAAUCUUCCCCUAUCAACAACUUUUCCCCUCCUGUCGGAGAAAUUAGCGCAAGUGGGCCAAGUGCUAUCACUAGAACUGACGACUACCGGCUGCGCGGUAGUCCGCUUCGCUAGCCCUGCUCAUGCCGAGCGAUGUUACCAGCAUUUCAACAAGAUGUGUGUAAUGGGAAAUUAUAUAGAAGUAAAAUUCAUUUAA